AUGGCUCUGUCGACCCUCCCCAUUCCCUACAUAGGGACGUCGGCAAUCUUUCUCCUCUCAAUACCUCAUGUCAGUCAGCUUGUCACUGACUGUGGAGGCAAGAAACUAUACAGAUUACUCGAAUCGAGCACCGACGAUGAGACUAUCACCAGCGGCAAGCCGCCCCGAUCAGUCUGGCAACGCGUCACUCUAGUUGUGGUGGCAGCAGCAGCCACCAUUGCGGCGCUCUGGUCAUGCGUAAGCACGCAACCAGUGCUUGCUCCAAAAGUCCUUUAUCUCGCUGCGUGGAUUAUGAUCCUAGCCCAAGAAUUGGUUCUCACAAGCCGUCCGAAUCCAGAAGCCAGAUACCGCCUAGGGUCCUACAGCGCCUUGGCCAGUCUGGCCAUAGGCAUCUGUAUGGCCUUGCCAUAUGCAUUGUCGUUGCACAGCAAACUGCGUGACUUCAAGUUAACUUCCCAAGACGCAUCGAGCGUUGUUGAACUAGUCGCCGCUCUCAUUCUUCUCUUCGUGAAUCUCGCAUUUCCAAGAGGACCCACGGUCUACCGCGACGGGCGUCCAGUUGAUUCGCAGAAAUCCGUCUCGUUCCUAAAUCGAUACACCUUCUCCUGGGCGUACACAACCCUGGCCAUUGCGGCGAAGAAUGGAAGACUCAAUGUUGACGACCUCCCCGUGGUUGGAGACGAAGUGCGUGCAGAGACGCUCUCCGACUCCUUCUUUGCAGUCAGGUCAACCGCGGUGAGAUGGAGGAAGUGGCUGAAGCUCUACUGGCCAGAGAUGGUCUUACAGGUGAUCAUACAGCUCUUUGCCAAUGCUGUUAAUUUCCUCCCUCACUUUCUCCUCCUCUCCAUCCUUCGCCUCUUUGAGGACCGUGAUGCGGGAGCCGGGAACCAGCUUCAACUAGGGUUGACAGCCCUGGGUCUUGGGCUAUCUAUGGUGGUCACAUCUUGGUUCAUAUCACUGAGAGACUUUGUCGCUGAUCUGAGACUUUCUCUGCCAAUUCAUGAACAGCUGUUCGCAGUCAUUUCCAAGAAAGCCAUGAGCUUGAAAGAUGUAGUGAUAUCCGCCGGCGAUAGCGAGGAUAAUGAUGCUGCAAGCGACGAUGACGACGACGACGACGACGACGACGAGUCACCCAGAACAAAGCACUCUGUUCUCAAUCUCCUCGGAGUAGACGUGGAAAGAGUCUCCGAUUUCGUCGCCUAUAGCCAUCUGCUCCUCGACUGCAUACUUGAACUCAGCAUCGCGAUCGUCUUCCUCGUAUACCUGAUGGGAUGGAAACCCAUAGUGGCUGGAUGUGUUAUUCCCGUUCUUCUGACACCUGUCUACUACUAUUUGACCAAUCAGUACAGCAAACAGGAACAAGCACUCAUGGAACGCCGGGACGAAAAGUCCACGGUGCUUACUGUCUUGAUGCGUGGCAUACGGCAGAUCAAGUUCAGCGCUCUCGAAACCCAAUGGUACAACAAAAUCCUGGGGUUGCGCGAAAAAGAGCUGCUUAACCAACACACCGUUUUCCGGCUCAACGUCUAUCUAACGGCCAUCUGGACGCUGGGUCCGCUGUGCAUGAGCUGUAUCUCAAUCGCCACACAUAUCUACGUGAAUGGCUCUAUUGCGGUCUCGGUUGCUUUUACCGCCUUGUCGCUCUUUGAGAAUUUAUCAGCCGUACUCAGCCUGUUUCCUGAAGCCUUUACGGAUCUACUAGAUGCCUCGGUCAGCAUUCAGAGAAUCGAAAGCUUUCUGGAUCUACCAGAACAUGAGGACAAGAGAGUGCCAGGUGAUACCAUCUCCUUCCGCGACGCUACCAUUGCAUGGCCGUCAGUUGCGGAAGAUGCAGCAGAGCAGUUCCAGCUGAAGUGCCUCAAUCUUGACUUCCCUUCGCGGGAGCUCACCAUCAUUUCAGGACGGAGCGGUGCUGGGAAGUCGCUACUUCUUCAAGCACUCAUUGGCGAAGCAGACAUCGUGAAGGGCGCUGCUAUUGUCCCUCGCGCGACCGCUCCCAACUGGACAGUUGGCGAGGAAAACUGGAUAGUGGAUGGUCUGGUUGCAUAUGUCUCCCAGGAUCCGUGGAUUGAGAACGCGACGCUCCGUGAUGCCAUCUUGUUCGGGCUGCCUUUUGACCCAGUGCGAUAUGGAAAUGUCAUUCACGCAUGCGCGCUCUCGCACGAUCUCGAAUCGUUUCCUGAUGGAGACAGAACUGAUAUUGGCGCUAAUGGAAUCAAUCUAAGCGGUGGUCAGAAGUGGCGCCUGGCGUUGGCCAGGGCACUAUACAGUCGCGCUAGUAUUCUCGUCUUGGACGAUAUAUUCAGUGCGGUUGAUUCCAACGUUGGCCGGCAUCUGUACGACAACGCUCUGAUGGGGGCUCUUGGGAAAGGGAGAACAAGAGUCCUGGCCACGCACCAUGUUCGAUUGUGUCUGGGAGGGGCUGCAUACAUAGUGACGCUGGAGAAUGGUCAUGUUGUGCAAGCAGGGCAUCCGUCAAGUCUCAUUCAAGACGAAACUUCCGAGUCUACACUUGAUGGCAGCACUUCAGCCACUUCGCUUGAUAGCAGACCUAACCCACUCAAUCCCUCCAAGCGAACAAAUGCUAGUCCUCCCCGCUCGGAUUCCCAGCCCAAAAAGUACUAUGAGGAAGAGAAGCGAGAACGUGGUUUUGUCAGAGCAGAGGUAUACAACGCUUAUAUAAGAGCCUCGGGCGGCUACUCUCGCUGGAUUCUGGUCAUCAUUCUUUGCGUCUCGACGCUGGCACUGAACCUGGCAGCUCCUUACUGGGUUUCUGUUUGGACCAGAGCAUACAAUGAAAGUAUUCCGCCAUCAAUCCUCACGCAGCCAGGUCAUCUGAACGCCGUCUCAAGCCAGUUCAGUAGCGGUGGUCUGCAUUUUGACCAACGCCUUGUCUACUAUAGCUCAAUCUACUUCGGCUUGACAUUCGCCUCGUGGAUUCUGGACGUCAUCCGUAUCCAGAUCAUUCUCAGCGGCUCCAUUAAGGCUUCCAAGGUGAUUUUCGAACAGUUCGCCGAGACCAUUCUCAGGGCCCCUCUCCGUUUCCUCGACGUGACACCGGUUGGCCAGAUCCUGAACCGAUUCACGUCAGAUUUCGGCACUCUCGACUCCGAUCUCGCGCUUGAUCUAUCAUAUCUCCUGCAUAGCGGCAUCCUGAUCCUCGGCGUCAUUGUCGCAGCUUCGGUAACCUCUCCUCUCAUCGUGGGACUUGGCCUGCUGACUCUCUUGGCGUCAUGGGCAGUCGCCUUCUUCUAUGUAACCGGGGCUCGAGAGGCAAAAAGACUGGAAAGUACCGCUAGAUCCCCGAUCUUUGAGCUGGUCGGGUCUCUGCUCACCGGGUUGCCUACCGUCCGUGCAUUCGGGAGAGAGACGGCCUACCUGAAGCGAAUGUACGAUCUGAUCGAUAUACACUGCCAGGCCCUUUGGCACAAGCGGUUAUUCUCAUGCUGGAUGUCGUUUUGGAUGAGCAUGGUCGGGGCCAUUUUCGUCGCCUCCGUCACAAUCACCUUCGUCCUCAUUCGCACCUUAGACGCACCUCUUGCGGGCUUCGCUCUCAGCUUCGCGCUCGAACUCUCAGACCACAUCUCCUGGUUACUAACGCAGUAUGCGGAACUGGAACUCGACGCCAACGCCGCCGAGCGCAUAGUGGAGUACACGCAGCUAGACCAGGAGCCACAGUCCGGCAUCGACGUGCCAAUAUCCUGGCCCAGCAACGGCGAGAUCGAGGUUACCAACCUCUGCGUGAGCUACGGCGCAGACCUCCCGGCUAUUCUGAAGGACCUCACCUUCACCCUGCGAGCCGGUGAGCGAGUCGGUAUCGUCGGGAGGACCGGAGCGGGGAAAUCCUCGCUUGCGCUGGCGCUCCUUCGAUGCCUGGAAGCGCGGUCCGGCUCCAUUCACAUCGACGGGAUCGACAUUGCGCAAGUGCGACUGCAUGAUCUCCGCUCACGGGUGGGGAUCAUCCCCCAGGACCCAGUUGUGUUUGCCGGCACGGUGCGCGAAGUGCUGGAUCCGUUUGACCAGCAUGACGAUAGCGAGCUGCACGACGCUCUAAUGAAAGUCGCGCUGCUGCCACCGUCGGACCAAGGCGCUCCAGGCCAUUGCACGAGUGAAGGCGUAUCAAACGACUCAUUCGCUCUCGAUUCUCCUAUCGUAGAAGGAGGGCGGAACCUCUCGCAGGGCCAAAAACAACUAUUAUGUCUUGCGCGUGCUCUUGUCUCGCGUCCGAAGAUCCUGAUCAUGGACGAAGCCACGGCGUCCGUCGAUAUGGAGUCGGACAUUCGCAUCCAGCGCACACUCCGGCAGGUUAUUCGCGGGUGUACGUUGCUGGUGAUUGCGCAUCGACUUUCGACGAUUGCGGACUUUGAUAGGAUUAUUGUGAUGGAUGGUGGCAGGGUGGUGGAGAUGGGUCGGCCGGGGGAGCUGGUGAAACUUGAGAACGGUGUUUUCCGGGGCUUGGUGGAGGAGAGUGGGGAGAGGGUGUGCUUGAGCGUGCUCUUGGUCGUAACCUUGUUGCAUCCAGCUGUCAAGGCUGCCGACCUGACAUCCCACGUUAACCUCUUCACGGGCACGCAGAAUGGCGGGAACAACUUCCCCGGCGUCGCCCGUCCCUUCGGCAUGGUCAAACUCGGCCCUGAUCUGCUCAAUGCCGGCACCGAUGCGUACUCCGGGUACCUGCCCAACGGCGCCUUCUCGGGGUUCAGCAUGAUGCACGAGCAAGGGACGGGCGGGGCCCCCAAGUAUGGGACCGUCUCGCAGUUGCCGCUGGUAGGCAAUGUCAGCGAGCCUCUGUCAAAUAAGACGGUUGCUCGCGCCGGUGCGGACGAGGCAUCUGUGGGGUACUACAAGGCGCGCACGUCGGAAGGCGUCGUCGUUGAAUUGACGGCCACCGCGCAUGCGGGGAUGUAUCGGUAUACGUUUCCGACUGGGUCGAAAGGGAAUGUGCUUGUCGACGUCUCGCAUGUGCUGCCCUCGUUUAGAGGACAGGGGCUCAGCCAGGGGUAUAAAGGUGGUAACCUGACCAUCUUUCCCGACGGGCAUUAUGAGGGUCAUGGAGUAUAUGAUAAUGGGUGGAAUCGUUCUCCAGACUGGUCUAUUUACUUUUGUGGUUACUUUGACGCUGACCCGGUCAGCAACGCAACGUAUAUCGGAACAGACGCACAGGGCAGCGUCAAGCAGGGCAGCGGCUUCGCAUCCUCUACCUCGGGAUCGACCCGCGUCGGAGGUCUCUUCUCCUUUCAGGACUCUGUAGUGACGUCUCGCGUUGGCAUCUCCUGGAUCUCCACGCAGAAAGCCUGCGAGCACGUCCAGGAUGAGAUUCCCCACGGAACAGAGUUCACCUCCGUUGUCGAAGACACCAAGGCCGAAUGGAACGCCACCGUCUUGUCCAAGGUGACCACCACAAACACAAACGACACGAGCCUCGAGCUGCUGUACACAUCGCUGUACUUUAUGCACUUGAUCCCCACAAAUCAGACGGGCGAGAAUCCCAGCUGGACAUCGUCAGAGCCCUAUUAUCAGGAUAUCUUCACAUACUGGGACCUCUUCCGCUGCUCCACGGCUCUCAUGCAAGUCCUGCAGCCGGUAGCCUACGAAGAGCAAAUCCGAUCUCUGAUCGACAUCUGGCGGUUCGAGGGCUACCUGCCCGAUGCGCGCUCGUCCAACUACAACGGCCGCACCCAGGGCGGCUCCAACGCCGACAACAUCCUGGCCGACGCAUACGUCAAGGGCGUCCGCGGCGCCGUGAACUGGGAAGACGGGUACAAAGCCAUGGUGAAAGACGCCGAGGUCGCACCGCCCAACGAUCCCGUGGACCCCAUGGCGCCUGACUCGUCGACCAAGGAAGGACGGGGCGCGCUUCCGGACUGGUUGAGUCUGGGGUUCAUCACGCCCAGAUACAGCCGGGCCGUGACUCGGGCGGCGGAGUACUCCUGCAAUGACUUUGGGCUGUACCAGGUGGCGUCGGGGUUGGAGAAGCACACCGACGCCGAGAAGUAUCUGAACCGGUCGCGGAACUGGCGCAACCACUGGAAUCCGAACCAGACGUCUCUCGGAUUCUCCGGGUUUGUCGUCCCCCGCGAUUCGUCGGGGUUUAUCGAGACGGACCCUCUGACUGAUAGCGGGUACUGGGGGGAUCCGUAUUACGAGGCGAGUUCGUGGGCGUACCCCUGGGCCAGCGUGCAUGACAUGAAGGAGAUGAUUGAGAUGAUGGGAGGCGACGAGACCGUCGUCGAUCGUCUGAAUACCAUGUUCACCGAGGGAGCCAGCGGGUCCAGCGGAACGAUCUUCGACCCGACGAAUGAGCCCAUGUUCAACAUCCCAUACCUAUACAACUACGUCGGCCGACAAGAUCUCUCCGUCUCGCAGUCCCGCAAGGUCGCCAAAAGGUACUUCAACACGGGCGUCGCAGGUCUGCCUGGCAACAGCGACGCAGGCGCAAUGCAGACAUGGCUGCUCUGGAACAUGAUCGGACUGUAUCCGAUCACAGGACAGACGACAUUCCUCAUCCAUUCGCCGUGGUUUGAGUCCCUGGCCAUCGAUCUUGGGGACGGGAAGGAGCUGCGCGUCACAGCAACCGGGGGUGACGGCAACGGUGACAGCAAGAUUUAUGUCCAGAGUCUCAAAGUCAAUGGGAAGGAGUGGCGCAAGAAUUGGCUGGCGUGGGGUGAUAUCUUUGAAAACGGAGGAACGCUCGAGUUUGAGCUGGGGGAGAGCCCAAGCGACUGGUUUACCGGGGAGCUGCCUCCCAGCCCUGCAUCGUAA